UGUCCAGGAACCUCACCAUUUCCCAGCAGUCGGUUCCCAGCAGCAGAAACCAGCACCUUUCAGAACACUGGAGCUCAGCGCAAUGGGCUCCACAGGGCCUGUCCUGUUACUCCUGCUGUUCCUCCUCAGUCCUGCUGUCCCCAAGAAGAGCACGACAGCAGGUCCUUACUCUCUGAGCUUUUUCUACACGGGGUUGUCCAAGCCCCAGAAGGGUACCCCCAGAUUCUGGGCCAUCUCCUACCUCAACGACCAGCCCUUCUUCCGCUACAACAGCCUGAGAAGCGAGGCCGAGCCCCUGGGCAAGUGGGCAGGGCUGAAGGGGCUGCAGAACUGGAGUGAAGAGAGCUUGCUGCAGCAGUUCCGAGAGGACUACUUCAUGAUCACCCUCAAGGACAUCAUGAAAUUUUACAAGGACCCAGCAGGCUCUCACACCUUCCAGGGCAUGUUUGGCUGUGAGCUACGCAGUAAUGGGAGCAUCGGCAGCUUCUGGAAGUACGGCUACGACGGCAAGGACUUCAUAGAGUUCCGCACAGACCUCACCGCCUGGGUGGCCCUGGAUCCAGCGGCUAAGGUGACCAAGAGCCAGUGGGAGGCGGACGUCGAGUACCCGCAGAGAGCCCGCCACUACCUGCUGCAGGAGUGCCCCGGGCUGCUGCGCAACUACCUGCGGCGCGGGCGCCACCUGCUGGACCGGAAAGAGCCCCCAGCCGUAUUUGUCACCAGUAACACGGACCUGAAAGGAAACAUGAUCGUCAAGUGUGGAGCCAAUGGCUUCUACCCGAGGGACAUCAGACUGCGCUGGACCAAACUCAAGAGUAGGAUGGAGCUGGGGUCACAGGGUGCCACCCUUCCAACCGUGAAUGGCACGUACCUGGCCAGUGUGGCAAUGACUGUAGCUCCAGGGGACAGAACUAUCUACACCUGCCACCUGGAGCACAGCAGCCUGGGAGAGCCCACCAGCUUGAUAUGGAGCAGACCCAUGUGGGAGCUGAGUGGCAGGGGGUAGGGCUGGGAGCUGCCCUAAGACAGCUGGGUCCAGAAACACUGUCACCAGGCCAAGGAAGUCUUGAUUAUCAGGGACAGAGAUGACUCGGUGGCCAAGUGUCCUGCAGAGUCCCCUUUCCUGAUCUGUAAAAUCACAUCUUCAGGGGCCGGGUGGUGGCACACCUGGUUGAGUGCACAUGUUAUUAUGCUCAAGGACCCAGGUUCAAGUCCCCAGUCCUCACCUGCAGGGGGAAAGCUUCACAAGUGUUGAAGCAGUGCUGCAGGUGUCUGUCUGUCUCUCUCCCUUUCUAUCUCCCCCUUCUCUCAAUUUCUGUCUGUCUCUAGCCAAUAAAUAAGUAUAAUUUAAAAAAUAAAAUAAUAUUAUCUGCAAUAA